CAAACAUGGCGGUGGCGCGCCGGAGCGGACGGGGUUUUACGCUGACUUUCUCGGUUCUGUCGUGGUUCUUGCUGGGCGGGCACGCCGAGACGCCGGUGUCGGAGUUGGGCGGCGGCGGCGGCGGCACCCGCAUAUUCGGCAUGCGGCUGGAGAGGAGCGACAAGCCGGCCGUGACCACCGACGACGGGGUGAUCCAGGUGACCGAGAGGAGCGACAUCCUCCUCCGUUUCUACGGGCUGCAGAUCCUCCCGGAGACGUGGACGCUCAUCAAGUUCACCGAGCAGGACCCCGGCGAGGAUGACGACGGCGGCGGCGGGGGCGGGGGCGGGUACGGGAGCACCGGCAGGAACGCCGUCCCGUUCAACAGGACUUGCUCCGAAUACACCAAAGACAUAGUGGUGAGGGGCGACAUGAACGUCAGCAGCCAGCGCACCUCCGGGGUGCUGAGCGUGAAAAUCAAGCCGCUCCGCAAGAGCGAGGCGGAGAAGGUGUACGGCCUGUGCGUGCGGGACAGCGACGACGGCAAGUGGUACCUGUUGGGCGAGGACGACGGCAGGCUGCGGGUGGUGGAGGAGAAGGCGUCCCUGCUGCCCCUGUGGCUGCAGGUGAUCCUCAUCUCGUUCCUCCUGGUGCUCUCCGGCAUGUUCAGCGGGCUGAACCUGGGGCUGAUGGCGCUGGACCCCAUGGAGCUGCGCAUCGUGCAGAGCUGCGGCACGGACAAGGAGAAGAAGUACGCGCGGAAAAUCGAGCCCAUCCGCCGGAAGGGCAACUACCUGCUGUGCUCGCUGCUGCUGGGCAACGUGCUGGUCAACACCACGCUCACCAUCCUGCUGGACGACCUCAUCGGCUCGGGGAUCGGCGCCGUGGUCGCCUCCACCAUCGGCAUCGUCAUCUUCGGCGAGAUCGUGCCCCAGGCGCUCUGCUCCCGCCACGGCUUGGCGGUGGGCGCCAACACCAUCCUGGUGACCAAGCUGUUCAUGCUGCUCACCUUCCCGCUGUCGUGGCCCAUAAGCAAGCUGCUGGACUGCGUCCUGGGCCAGGAGAUCGGCACCGUGUACAACCGCGAGAAGCUGGUGGAGAUGCUCAAGGUCACCGAGCCUUACAACGACCUGGUGAAAGAGGAGCUCAACAUGAUUCAAGGGGCCCUGGAGCUGCGCACCAAAACGGUAGAGGACGUCAUGACGCCGCUGGGCAACUGCUUCAUGAUCCACAGCGACGCCGUCCUGGACUUCAACACCAUGUCCGAGAUCAUGGAAAGCGGUUACACGCGCAUACCCGUGUUUGAAGACGAGCGGUCCAACAUCGUGGACGUCCUCUUUGUCAAAGACCUGGCCUUCGUCGACCCGGAUGACUGCACCACCCUCAAGACCAUCACCAAGUUCUACAACCACCCGGUCCACUUCGUGUUCCACGACACCAAGCUGGACUCCAUGCUGGAGGAGUUCAAAAAAGGAAAAUCCCAUCUGGCCAUUGUCCAGAAGGUGAACAAUGAGGGAGAGGGAGAUCCCUUCUACGAGGUGCUGGGACUGGUCACGUUGGAAGACGUCAUCGAGGAGAUCAUAAAGUCGGAGAUCCUGGAUGAAUCAGACCUUUACACUGACAACCGCAACAGGAAAAAAGUGGCGCCCAAUAAGAACAAGAGAGACUUCUCCGCUUUCAAGCAUGAGAGUGAAUCGAAAGUCAAGAUUUCCCCUCAGCUGCUGCUAGCCGCUCAUCGCUUCCUCGCCACAGAGGUGAGCUUGUUCAACCCGUCGCAGAUCUCGGACAAGGUGCUGCUGCGGAUCCUGCGCCACCCAGACGUGAUCCAGGAGAUCAAGUUCAACGAAAGUGACAAGCGCUCGCCGCAGCACUAUGUCUACCAGCGAGGGAAGGCCGUCGACUACUUCGUCCUCAUCCUGCAGGGACGGGUGGAAGUGGAGGCCGGCAACGAGAACAUGAAGUUCGAGACGGGGACCUUCUCCUUUUAUGGCGUAAUGGCGCUCAGCGCUCCCACGUUGGUGGCUGCUCCUCGUUCUCGCCACCUCUCUUUUAAGAGGUUUUCUCUGUUCUCUCGGUUGCCAGAGUUCCGCUCCCCGUCCCAUUUGAGCGGGCUGAACCGCACGGCCUCCUUGAGCGGCGCCGACCGCAGCGAGUCCCUGUCGGUGAGCGGCAGCAACAGCCAGCUGAACAACAGCGCCCCCUCGCCGCAGUACACCCCCGACUUCUACGUGCGCGCUCUCUCCGACCUGCAGUUUGUGAAGAUCACCAGGGCUCAGUACCAGAACGGUCUGAUGGCGUCCCGCUUGGACAGCACCCCCCAGUCCCCGGAGAGCAGCCACAACAUGACCCACGGGGAACUGACCACACCCCCAACCACCGCGGACCACGGCCCGGCGGACAUAACCCCAACGGAGAACGGGCCGGACGAGACCACCCUGCUCCUCCUCAACGAGCAGAACUUUGUGUCGGGUCCCCCCCGCACCACGGCCAACCACCACAGCCAAUCGGAGAACAGCAUCUGACACCGGCGUCGGUGCACAUGUGCACUACAUACUACGUGUGGACGUGUGGGCCAAAGGGACAGAGGACUCGGUGUGUGUGUGUGUGUGUGUGUCUUUGUGUGUGUGUGUGUGUGUGUCUUUGUGUGUGUGUGUGUGUGUGUCUGGGCUGGCGGUCUGUAUUGUGCACAUGCCGUGCACAUCAGCAAGGUCCAAAGAGACGGGCCCACAUGCACGCCUGUGCAUCUGCAAAGACACGAGAGACAUGUUCACAGACACGCAUGUACCGCGCUGUGCUGGGGACGCCAAGUCACCGACCCCCGUCACCGACUAGUCUCUGGUUUGCUGCACCGCUGUUAGGAAUUAGUCCCCACCCACAAACCACGUCCAAACCCGCAAUGCAACCCCAUACUCGUCAUCCGCCUCGCUGGUGUGAAUGAGCAUCCUGAGGAACCGGUGUGGGAAUCAGAAAGCUGAACUGCCCGGUACCACAACC